CGCAAUCCAGGGUUUACAUACGUCAUUGGAAUAAAUGGACCCGUCUCGGAUGCCGUACUAAACCCGGACAGGAUGUGGCUUUGAAUUACGUUACAUGAAUUUGUUAGCUAAGAACAACGACUUGUAAGCAUAAUGACAAAAACAUGUUGCCCCAAGAAAAAAUAGCUUUUGUAUCAAAGUAGAGGAUCGUGGCGGGGAUGUGGCUACGUUAUGGGAAACGUUUUCGGGAGAAAGAGUCGCCCUUCUCGAGUCACAGAACAAGACCGAGCGAUUCUGCAACUGAAACAGCAGAGAGAUAAACUGAAGCACUACCAGAAGAGAGUCACCCUGCAGCUGGAGAAGGAGAGGAGUCUGGCCAAGCAGCUGCUGAAGGAUGGAAAGAAAGAGAAGGCACUGGUUCUUCUCAAGAAGAAGCGUUAUCAGGAUCAACUGCUAGACAAGACUGAGACCCAGAUAUCAAACCUGGAACGCAUGGUUCAAGACAUUGAGUUUGUCCAGAUCGAGAUGAAAGUCAUUGAGGGGCUGAAGGUUGGAAAUGACUGUCUGAAGAGUAUGCAUGAGGCCAUGUCACUAGAGGAUGUGGAGAGGAUCAUGGAUGAGACCCAGGAUGCUAUAGAAUACCAGAGGCAAAUAGAUGAGAUGCUGUCAGGCUCCCUGACUCAGGAGGAUGAGGAUGCUGUGCUAUCUGAGCUGGAGGCUAUCACUCAGGGAGAAGAUGUAGAACUUCCAGAGGUCCCCACUGAGCCUCUACCAGAGGUCCCAGAACCAGCUGAAACAGAGCCAGAGAGAAGACCAGCAAGGAACAAGGAGAACAGAGAGAUGCUGGCAGCGUAGAGACAAGACUUAACAAUAACAACAGUAGCUGGAGUUAGUCCAACUGACUCAAUAACAACAAUAUCAACAGUAGCUGUGGAUGGAGCUAGUCCAACUGACAACAAUAACAACAGUAGCUGUGGAUGGAGCUAGUCCAACUGACUCAACAACAACAAUAUCAACAGUAGCUGUGGAUGGAGCUAGUCCAACUG